UGCCAAACUCCCUGGCAAAAAAUGCAGCGGCAAACUUUGCCUGAUGUCAAACUCCUUGGGUGCUCCGGCCAGGGAGCAAUAACUCAGUUGGGCUAGGAAAGAAGGGCGAUUGGAUAGGUAUUCAACUUUUUCAUUAAUUGUCAAAACUGCCAUCUUGCUUCUGAUUCAACUGAUCAAGUCUUCGUGCGAAUCAUGUCUGAAUGCAUCUCCAAGCAGAAGAUUAAUACAGAAUUACAUGGUUUUCUUUUCUGCGUCAAAGGCUUGAUUGAUGCUCUAUAUCAUUGAAUUCCCAAUGCAUCUCAGGAGGCGCCCCAAUUUGUUAAUCAUAAGAAGCACGUAUCUGGAGCAGAGACAUUCAUACCGCUCGUCCAAUACGUCACUAGACUUAAACCAAUUAUGCACAUCGUCACUCCUGUUGGUGAGAUGAGGGGAAGGACACAUCAGGUGGUGACAGAAGAAGGCAAGCGCCUCAUGGCUUCACUCAUCAGAACUCUGCACGAUUUCCACAGAGCUGGCAAGUGCCCCGAGAGAUUUUGCGCAUCGGACAUUGCCGUGACAUCUACUGGCAGAGUGAAACACACAAAUACAAGCUUGCUACGAGGGAAGACCGAUGAGCUGGUACUCAGAAACUACGAGGAUGCCUGCGACAUUUUUGAGAAGACAGUGUUCGACGGGUAUGAUUCAGCUCUUAUCCCUGAAGACAUUAAGCAUUUGUUGCAGCUGAUGACAUCUCCUGGUGCAAUCUGUGCGGAGUAUGUCAUAAGCACGCAUACUUCUCUUGUCCCUCUUAGUAAUAGGUACCAGUUCUAUCUUGAUAUGUGCGACCAUAUCACAUCUGUGCUGGAUGGCAAUCCUGAACAAAAUGACAUCCUUAGUUCUGUGCCCUAUGGUGACAAGUGGGUAGAAAAGUUGGAAGCCAAUCUUCUGCUGGAGGAGUCGUUCCACCGCAGCGGACCAUACGACACCGAAGGAUCAGCCAUGGCCUUUCUGAAGUUCUACAGGGACACACUUAUGUGUCGAAUGGAAAGUUUAUGAAGCCUUUGAAGAGCUUUCCAGGGGUGAAACCGUUGGAGUACACAAAAGAUGAUUUUGAAAGUGUCUUGUUGGUUACUUAUCCCAUAUGCCUACCGAGAAUGCAAGAAGAGCUUGAAAAGCAUGAGCAGCUGAGGGAUUUGAAUCUUCACAACCUGACCUACAUUUGAUGCCUCUUCACUACAUGAGACGCAGUUUAUAACUAGUACUGUACUGUGGCCUGUGAUGUUGUACCGUGGUCAUCCUUGAAGGAACUUGGAUAGUUCUUAUGUUUUCCUUCUUUUUGACCUAGCUAAGACGAGGAACCAUGUGGUUCUGUUUAAGAAUCAGUGAUCUGCUGUAUAUAUCUCAGUCUUCAGUAUCUUGUUGUAUACAGAUUAUGAACAUUGUUGCAUACUGAAUAGUAUGUUGUAUACUGAAUAAUACGUUGUUGUAUACUGAAGAUUCUUUUUAGAUAGUCUGUGGGUAAUUCGUUGCAUAUGAAAGAUAUAGUUCAACUACU